CACACCCGUAAUGUUUGUGACUUAACUUUUCUCUCUCAGGUCAGUUACAGGGCUCAGAAAGGGAUGACCAGAAAUGCAGUACUGAAGAUGAUGACUGUAUGGAUUGCUGCUUUUCUUCUCUAUGGUCCAGCCAUUCUCAGUUGGGAGCACUUUGCCCAAAAGAGCAUCCUCCCUGAAGGAGAGUGUCAUGCAGAAUUUUUCUACAACUGGUAUUUCCUGAUGAUUGCCUCUACCUUUGAAUUCUUUACACCUUUUAUCACUGUUACAUACUUUAACUUAAGUAUUUACCUCAACAUCAGGAAACGCACAUCCCUCAGAAACGAAAACCUCUCACCUGGUCAAGAGAACUGUGAAAUGAGCUUCCAGGGGAAAAAAAGGGAACACGCUAUAUUUUUUGUGAAGCCAACUAACAGAGACAAACACAAGAAGGCAGCAAGCAGCCUUCUUCCCCCAAGAAAGACUUCAAGGCUUCAAGCCUCAGCUGAGCAUUCCAGUCACUCAUUAAAUCUGAAAGUCAGUCCUGACCUUCCACCCCUGCAAGUGGAUGUGAAGAUGAAGCCUCUUGGGAAUGGUUUCUACAAAGAGACAGAAAGGAGCUGCAACGCCCCCAAAGUGGACUUUGCCAACACUGUGGCAA